AUGCUGCGCGACUUGGUGCUCAUGAAGCUAGAGGCGGUGGGCUUGCGCGGGGCAUGUGGCCUCAUGCCCAGCCAGGUAUCUGGCGGUAUGGCUAGACGUGUGGCUUUGGCGCGCGCCAUUGCCAUGGAUCCGCAGCUUUUGAUGUACGACGAACCCUUUGCGGGCCUAGACCCUAUUUCGCUGGGCACGGUGGCGCAGCUUAUCAAAAAGCUCAAUAAUGCCUUGAAUUUGACCUCGGUGGUGGUUUCCCACGAUGUGGAUGAAACCUUGCAGAUUGCUGACCAAGUGAUUAUCUUGGCUGGCGGGCGUAUUGCGGCACAAGGCACACCAGAACAAAUCCGCAACAGCGACAAUCCUUUGGUGCAGCAGUUUAUCCGCGCCCAAGCCGAUGGCCCAGUGCAAUUUCAUUAUCCUGCCCAGUCCAUAGAGGACGAACUCAUGGCUACACAGCCAUAA